AGAUAGCGGUGUUUCAGCACCGGGGCCCGGGGCGGGGGGAGAAGGUAAGCUCGGGAGAACUUGUGGGAACUCGUCCGAAACUGCGCAGGGAGGAGGGCGAAGAGGAGACGGAGGAGGGGGGCUGCCUGGGAGGGACCGGCACGGAGACGGCUUGAACGAUACUACUCCACAGCUGUUGUUUGUCGGUGUUAAAUUGGACUAAAACCCGUGAAACGAGCAGUGAAGUUGACUGACAGCAAGAGGAGGAGUGUCAGCGCAUACUUCAGCCAGCUGAAGGUGUUUGGUGGUCGGAGAGACAUGGACUCAUUGAAGAAGGAGCUGGAGGAGGAGCUGAAGCUCAGUACUGACGACCCGACGAGCCAUGCAUGGUACCACGGACCGCUGAGCCGAGAGGCUGCAGAGUCUCUGUUUGAGAAGGAUGGAGACUUCCUGGUCCGAGACUCGGGCUCUGCCCCCGGCAACUACGUUUUGAGCUGCUUUUGGAAGGACGGGCCCAUGCACUUUAAGAUCAUACGAGUGAUCCUUCGUCCCAAAAAGGGCUACUCUCGGGAGCUGUUCCAGUUUGAGGAGGACCGCUUUGACAAUGUACCCGCUUUGAUCCGAUUCUAUGUGGGUGGGCGUCGGCCCAUCUCCCAGGCCUCAGGCGCUGUGAUUUUUCACCCAAUCACACGGACCCUUCCUCUGCGUGUCAUCAUCGACCGACAUGCGGAGCCCACAAGCGGCGGCAGCAGCAGUAGAGGUGCAGCGAGAGAAAAACACAGUGAAGCCAACAAAAGGCGCAGCUUCAGCUCUGCACACAACGAAACACUGCAGCUCAUCAAUCCGCUGCUAAGGAGUGGAAGUCAGCCCGCUAACUUGGAGAACGUUGGACGCAGGCCUUCACUUCAGUCUGCACAAUCAGACAGCAACCUACAAACUGGGGUUCAACAGAACACUCAGCCGGAGGGCAUCGGCCCCACGCCCAUCUCCCCGGUGUUUCGCACAGGCAGCGAGCCCCUGCUGAGCCCCCGACCACGACACACACGCCCUGCCUUUCCAGGUGGUGGUGUAACUUUGCGAGGUUCAGAUGGACAGCUGCACACGAGAGCUCCUCCUAAACCUCUCAGGGUCUCUGUUCUCUUCCCCAACGCCAUCCCUCCCCCACCCACAGUCCGGAACGUUGACCCCUCUUCUUUCUACGAUGAGCUGGUCGUCCAGGUGCCACAGUCCCAACAGAAAGGCCAUGUGGACCGACUGCGCGCAGAGGAGAAGUGGCAGAGCCGCGCCCGCCUCACAGAGACUUCCUUUGGCUUUCUGGAGGCACAGAAGAGCGAAGAAUCACAGCUGCCGUUGCUGCCGCAAAAGAAGACGGCAGGGGAAGUGGAGGACUGGCAUUUUGAAAAGCCACAUGUGGAGUCAGUGUCGUGUUUCCAGUUGGACAAGUUUGAGUCGCUGCUCUUGCCGGAGAACAACCGACCUCUAGAGCCCGGCGUCCUCAUGGCGCUCAAAGAGCACUUCAACCGCGCAAGCGCCGACACCACCGCUCUGCACAUGCUCAGUGUCGACUGCCAGGUUGCACGCAUCGUUGGGGUGACCGAGGAGCAGAAGACGAGUAUGGGAGUGGGAUCAGGGCUGGAGCUCGUCACUUUGCCACAUGGACACCAGUUAAGACAGGAUUUGUUAGAAAGGCAUCAUCUAAUAGCAAUGGGAGUCGCAGUGGACAUCCUGGGCUGCACAGGAACUGUGAGCCAGAGGGCAACCGUUUUACAUAAAUUAAUCUUAUUGGCUCAGGCCCUGAAAGAACACGCCCACAACCUCUACUCCUUCUCAGCCGUGAUGAAGGCUCUGGAGAUGCCUCAGAUAAUGCGACUGGAGAUGACGUGGCGAGCGCUGAGGAGGAACCACACAGAGACUGCAGUUUUAUUUGAGAAGAAACUCAAACCCUUCAUGAACUUGCUCAACGACGGAGACGACUCCGUAGUCCACGGUCCCAUAGCCGUGCCACACCUGGUUCCUCUACUGAUGGCGAUGGAGGGCGACGACCCGGUGGAGAACAGUGAGCGAGGCUGUCAGCUUCUCUACGAUGUCCUCCAAUCAGCUCGCAGUGCCGCGCUGCAUGCACAAGAUUAUCAGCAGCACGCACGCACUCUGCUCACAGGAAGCUGGAAACCAGUCCCUGAGCUGCUGGAGGCUUUCCGGACAGAGUUCGCCCUGCGGCUGUUCUGGGGUCAGUCGGGGGCAGCAGCCGACAGAGAGGAGCGCUACGAGAAGUUUGACAAGAUUCUUUGUGUCCUCUCAGAUAAACUGGAACCCGUGGAGCUCACCCCUCAACUACCUGACCCUCUAACCUGAGCCACAGGAGUGAAAGGUGGAGUCAGCACUUUCUCCACUAGAAGAAAGAUGAAAUGUUUUCAGUUUAGCCUCGGCGAGUUGCGGUAGCCAAGGCACAGAGAUCCCACAGACAUAAAUAAAAGGUUAUUUUUGAGACGUGAGAGACUUUGAAGCUCGUCAAGUGACGACAUAACUUAUACAAUAAUGAAUUAUGUCUGGAAUACAUGACCCCUGGCAGUCCUUCACUGUGAAACGGGCUGUGUGGGAUUCAGGAAAUCUGGAAUCGUUUACCCAAAAACUAGAAUCUCUGUUUACAAAUGUGCAUUUCUGAUACUCAGACACUGUUUUAUUAAUCCACACCACUCGUUUAAUACUUGAGAUUCCAAAGAACCAACAUGAUUAAACCUGAUUUAGUUCCCUUUGUAUAUUACCUGCUGCUGUGAGGGACCACACGGGAAACGGUUUUUCAUUUCAGUGUUUCUAAAGCAAUAAAUGUAUUUGUCUAAUUUGUUUGCAUGAACUUCAUAAAUGACACUGUACAGA